CGCCGGGGCGGGGCUGAAGCACAGAUUGCGGCCGGAGCUGGCGCCGGAAGUGGGCAGGGUCUGGGCGUGUCCCCUGGCAGGAGCGGCCAUUGCGGACCGCUCACGGGCCGGAAGUGGGUGGAGCCAGGGCGUGUUCUCCGGGGAGAGCACUGAUUGCGGCCUGCGCGGGGACUGAAAGGGGGCGGGUCGGACAGGAGCGGGGCCCGCGGGAGCUAUGAGGCGGCCAGUGAGAAGGCCGGAAGUGGGCGUGUCCGUCCGGCGGGGGCGUGUCCGCGGGCGCGGCCGGGGGGCGGUGGCGGCUAGUCAGGCCGCUGCGGCGCCCGAGGGGCCUGAGGAGGGGCCAGCCGCGUCGGUGCGGAGCCCACCAGGUGCGCGGCCACGGAUGGAGGGUCCAGUGGAGUGCGGCGCCCGGGACCAGGCCGAGCUGGAGCAGCCCGUCGGCGGCGCCCUGGGCGGGACGCCCGAGCAGCGCGCCAGCGGCCGCCUCAGGGAGCCGGGGCACUCGGCGGCAUACCCCGCCGACCCCUCCGACCCCGCGGACGAAGCCCCGAGCGCGCCCCCGGGGAGGCGGCCCCGCGGCGGCCCCGCGGAAGAGGGCGCGCGGCCCGAGGUGCCUGGCGAUGCGCCGCGGCCCGGCCGCCCCGCGCCUCGGGAGGCGGCGGGCAGCUCCCCGCAGCUGCGGCGCGGCCCCGGGGGCGCGGACGGCGCGGCGGCAGAGGAGGAGGGCGCGGGCGCGCUGACGCUGGACCCGCUGGAGCACGCGUGGAUGCUGUCGGCCGCCGACGGCCGCUGGGACAGUCUAGAGGGGCUGCUGGCCUGCGAGCCCGGCCUGCUGGCCAAGCGCGACUUCAUCACCGGCUUCACCUGCCUGCACUGGGCGGCCAAGCACGGCCGGCAGGAGCUGCUGGCCCUGCUGGUGCGCUUCGCGGGCCAGCACCGGCUGCCGGUGAACAUCAACGCGCGCACAAGCGGCGGCUACACCGCACUGCACCUGGCGGCCAUGCACGGGCACGUGGAGGUGGUGAAGCUGCUGGUCGGGGCCUACGACGCGGACGUGGACGUGCGCGACUACAGCGGCAAGAAGCCUUCGCAGUACCUGAGCCCGAGCACCGCCGAGGAGAUCCGGACCCUGGUGGGCGCCCUGGACGAGGACGAAGCCGAGAGCACGGCGGGCAGCGGGGGAGGGCGCUGGAGGCUCUCGAGGGUGCUGCCCUCGACCCUCAUCUCCGGCAGACUCUCGCACGGUCUGGAGGACGGCGGGGACCACCACCACCAUCACCAUCACCUGGCCGAGGGAUUGGCUGCGGGCAAAGCGAAGGAGCCGGGUCGCAAAGCCUCGGGCAGCUCUAGUGGGCGGAUGAAACCCAGACUCAACAAAAUCCGCUUCCGAACCCAGAUCAUCCACACCACACCCUCUUUCAGAGACCCGGAGCAGCCCCUGGAGGAGGGGGAGGACGAAGAGGAAGACCGGUCUUUUAAAGGCCACUCAUCCUCAUUCAAACUGAGACCCAAGUCCAAUGUAUUCGGGUAAAAAUGAUUUUAGAACGUUCUAAGACUUGUUUGUCGUCUUAGGAAUAGGGUACUAGGUGUAGACAAGGAAGUGAGACCAGAAAAGACUUAAGCUAAAUGCUGCAUUCUUACUUCGGGGGGUUGGAAAGGACGGGGAGGAAUUCUCCUUAGCAGUAUGGCUGCAGUGGAUUUCCAAGCGAUUCCUCAAACCUUGACCUAGGCCUCUUUUCCCCCUGCCACCCUUCUGCGCUGGAGUCCCUGUUUCUAAGGACUGAAAGUGUAUCAAAAUCAGGUGCAGAGUUGAUGACUGAGGGUCCCUUUGAUUGAAACAUUGCCGGCUACCAUGCAGAGUAAGGAGCAUUGCACAUUCGUAUCUGUUUUUAAUAGUGGCGACUCUUCCAAGAGCAACAGGAAAUGCAAAUUGUAAUGAAGCUGGUAGUGUUUGUAAGUGUGAACAAACCGACAUACUACCCUGUGUUUUUACUAAUUGCAUUUGAUUUUAAGAUGCUACUGAAGGUCAGGUCAGAGUUGAAAUGCACAAAUACUAAUUAGAGAAUAAUGUGAAUGCAAUUGGAAAUCUCUUGGUACCCUACUUGUAAGUAGUGUUCACCUCUUUUCAAAAGCAAUUUCAGCUUUGGUCACUGAACUAAAGAAAUAGGCAACAUUCACUUUUGAGUUAAUCUGUUGUGUGGUUUCCUCUUACUUAUCUCUAAUACCACUGCACUUAGUAUUAAGGUACAUUAUUAAUAACUACAUAAAUUUUUAUUUAAAGAAAACCCUUUUUAGCAACCUAUGGUACUUUUAAGUAAAUGUUACCUCUGGUUCUGAUUCUCACUAACUUGUUUUGCUUUUCCAAAAGUCUGAAUUUGUCUGAGUUUUUAUUCUGGGGGUAAUUUAACCGUUGGUUCUACUUGGCAUGACCCUAUUUGACAGUGCUUAGAGUUGAAUUGCCUACAGAAACUGUUUCUGGUUUAGAUUAUUAACAAAAAUUGACAUAAAUGUUAAUGAACUGAU